AUGAUGAAGCUCCACUGGGAUCCGCACCCGGGGACGACGAAGAAGAAGCCGUCACCCUCGGCGUCGGCGUCGGCGUCGUCGCCGUCGUCGUCCUCCACGUCCGCUGUGGCGAAGCUUCUCAUGCGCUGGCGCGGCCGGAGCGCUGCGGCUAAGGACGAGAGCAUCGAGUUCUUCUCCACGCUACGGAACGGCGAGCCCGAUCGAGGCGCCUCGGAUCAUGCCGGUCGGGGAGGAGCUCCUGAGGGGAGGGGAAAGGCGACGAGCGCCGCAGUGUCCGGCGCCGGCGCCGGCGACGGCGACGGCGAGCAGCUCCUGUCGACGGGAAAAGGGAAGCAUGAUUACGAUUGGCUUCUGACACCUCCAGCGACGCCACUCUGGUCGCCGGCGACGAGCGCCGCCGCAGGAGACCGGGUCGCCGCGGAGGCGCCGAGCCGGCUGGGAAGAGCUAGCUCGGCGUCAUACGCGAAAGGCAAUUCACGGUUGCCGCCGACAGGGAGGGAGAACGGGAUCCCGGCGUCGAGGCUGGCGAGGAGCACCUCGGCCUCGACGGCGUCGCAAUUAUCCGGUCGGCCUUCGUACGGGCGGACAUUGUCGUCGGCGUCGGUGUCGUCGCUCAACACGGUGAGCAACGCGUCCGUGAGCUCCACGCCGCGGGGUUCGUCGUCGGCGACGAGCCCACGCACGCCGGCCACAGCGAGGAGCGCCCCGGCUGCUCGGUCCCGUCACAGGGACAGAACACAGGCGCUGCACGUUUUCGGCUCCGUCGCCGCUGGCAAUCCCAACGCGUCGUUGGCGUCAAGGUCCAGACACCCGUCGACGGCGGCGCCGACGAGCGGGGCGGGCCCACGCGCGACACCCGGCGCCGCUGGCACGUCGAGCCCGAGGUCAACCACCGCGGCGUCUCAGCAACCCAUUUCCGCGACCAGACGUGGCGCCAUCUCCUUGGCACGUUCGGGGCCCACACGGCAGAGCACCGCAGGGUCAACGGCGCAGCCCGCAUUUCCGCCGCGUGAUGUCAACCUUGCGGCGGGAGCGUCCCGUGUCGCGCCGCCGCCCACCUCCAGCAGCAAGCCGAGGCCGUUGCCGGCGUCGGGGAAGCAGCGCAACGGCAUGGCCGCGGCGAGCGCGGCUGCCCAGAGGUGGCGCCAGGCCCCGCCCACGGCGGCUACUGCCGUCGCCGGGAGGAACGCACGGAGAGAGGAGCCGGUAGCCCAUGGAUCAUCACGAAACAGCGACAGCCGCCGGAAGAACGACGUAGCCAACACCAGCGCCGCCGCCCGCCGCACUGCUGAGCUCUCUAGCCCGCGCAGCACGAUCGGUGGUUCUCCGGCGAGCACCGGCGGUCGGAACAAGUCGAGGGACACCGACGCGAAGCGCCGCCUAUGGCAGGGAGCAGCGGCACGGCACCUCAUCGCGGCGGCGGGCCGGGACAGUACUCCCACCCGCCGGAGCAGCCGCUCAUCGGUGGCGACAAGAAGCCGCCUGGGGAUCAUGUCCGCCCUCUCCUCCGGUACCGACUCGAUAACUCCCACAGGACGACGGUCCACGCCGGCGAAAGGCAGGCCGGCAGCCGCCGCCACGGACGCAGCCUCCCAGCGGGUCGCGGUGCCGGACGCGUUCCCGAGCACGCGGUACGACGCCAUGCUGCUUCGGGAGGACCCCAGGAACCUGACGUGGCUGCACGGAUGCGACGAAGACGACGAAGAGGUCGGCAGCGGAGGCCUUGUUGAGGCGUCGCUGGAGUCCUUCGACGUGCCGGCCGGGUUGAGCAGCACGGGGCUGCACGGCGGCGCGACUUUGAAUUUUGGCGCCAAUUUGGAACGGGGCCACGUGAUUUAGGAUGCUGUAUGUUCUGUACAAUAUGUAUAUAGAUUUUCCUCUUUUUUUUUUCGUUUGUGGAAUGGGAUUUUUUUUUUUUGGCAUGAUGGGGUGAUCAAGGAUUCUUGAUGCCGAUUGAGAAUUGCUGACCAGAGUGCACAGUGGAGCUAGCCUGUCCGGUUGUAAAAAUAAAUAAAUA